AAGAAUUACUUUAAAUCAAAUGUCAAACUCAUUCUAUAGAAGGCCGGGUUUCAGCAGGGUUUCACUCCACCCUUGAUUGAUGAAUUAAGGUCACUAAUUAGUAAGAAACUCCUCUAACCUGGUUGUCUAGGUCUUAAUUGAAAGGAAAAAACUAAAACCCGCAGACACUUAGCCCUCCAUGGAAUGAGUUUGACAACCCUGUAUUAAAUACAUUUUGAUUUGACUAGGGGCCGUCUGCCAGGUCCUGAUCACCAGGGUGGGAGACAUCCUGAACAGUACCUGCAACGACGAUUACAAGGCCAGGCUCAUCAUCCAGAAAGGAUUGGAUUCCGGUGCCAGGGAAAGGUUCCCUGACUCUCCGUGUUCCUCUUCACCCAAGGACGAAGAGGAGGUGGUUGUAAGUGCCAUGACUGUCUCAUACCCCAAACCCUCCACCUCUCCCCAGGCAGCAUGGGCAGCUCCUGCCCAGACUCUGGAAGAAGAGGUGGGGGGGGCUGAGGUCUCCGAGAUGAGUGACAGCUCCCUGAUGCCCACCAAGAACAGGCAGGACCCCCUGGAGAAGAUUCCCUCCCUCCUACUAGGCAAGGAGCACAUCCUCCUUUGCAGCACUCCCUGGGCCACCGUCAUGAGCCCCCAGACUCUGAAGUUUAUUCUCCACGGCAUCAUGUGCCGACUGGAGGCCUCAGAGUCCCUCCAGACAAGGAGGGCCAAUGACCCCUUCAGGCUGAUGAAGGAUCUCUUUGUGGAGGUCCAGCAUGCCCUGAAGUAUGCUGACAUCUCUGUCGUCUUUGGCCUGGAGCAGAGCAUCCAAUUCAGUGGUGAGGAUGCAGUGAAGGCCAUCGUGACGACUGCGGCUAAAAGAUUGUCCCUGCGUUCGGACUCCAACCGGGCUCAACUGCGUGCCGCACGCUCUGGUAGCGAGGCAGCCAUCAGGUGCAUGGCGGACACCAUCACACAAGUCAUAGAGGACUGGAGUUUCGAGGGCCAUUUUGGAGCCAGGAGGAGCCGUGGUAGUGGGAGGUCACACUCCUCAACCUCCUCAAGGAGUGACGUCACCCUCACCGAGGAGCUCCUGGCUUGGAGGGAAACCCUAGAAGAGGACCUAGAGGAGAUGGCUGAUGACAGCACUGGUUUGGAAAAGACCAGUGUGAGCUCAGCCAUCUCUGAGAAGUCCCAGGUAAUUAGCUACCUUUCUGAAAGCACCAAGCCCAUCAGCAGCGCCCUCUCCACAGACCUCGAGGACAUCACCUCCACACAGGUGAGACGGCCAAGAACCAGUAGAUCGUUUUGUUAUUUGGGCUGUUUGAUUGUGAGGCAUCGACUCAUAUCUGUUUCUCUCUCUACUAAGAAAAAAGAGAAGGAAGAGGCUAUGAAAAAAGAAGUGAGGAAGUCAGGAAAUAAGAAGCGAGGAAAUAACAAGAACCAGAAGAAGAACAAGGUGUCUCCUCUUGGCAAUGAUAGUACUGUGGCUGCAGAUGAGCCUAAGAAAAAACAGGCUCUCCUCCCGCGGAUCACAGCCGCCCUGGCAAAACUAUUUUGCUUCCCCUGCAAAAAAAAAAUGCAAAAGUAACUGUGCAGAAGACGAGUUUGGGAAAACCUGCUGCCACCUCCCCCAACCCAUUUUCUAAAUAAACUCUCAAAGCCAACAGAAGAGGGAGGGAGACAACCCCCCCUACUCACAACUCAUUUUAUUAUACCCCAUUUAAUUCAAUAAACACAACUUGCAGCUAUUUUGAUCUUCUUCUUCUUGAGUUUUUGUUUUA